AUGCGCGCCCUAUCGAAUAUAGUAAGCAUAACGGUGCUCUUCCUUAUGGUUAUUGGAGCAGUCGAGUCCAAUGUAGGGACAGUUCUGAAGAACUUGCAAGACGAAUUGCAUUUCAAAACGCUUGUUUUGUUCUUCAAUAGCAGCGAUCAUUGUCCAGCGAGCUUCGAUAUUAAGACUUUGGGAGUCCUGCAUUUGAUUACAAGUGAAAAGGGAAAGCAUUAUCUCAAUGCCUAUGUGGACCGAGACGUUCUCGUCAUGGUGUGCCUUUGGCAGGGACUGGAGAAUCAUCAGCUGAGUGCUCUCUAUGACAGUCUUCAGCAUAUGCGUGCCACUCCAACUUUGUUGCUGCUAAGACACAACAUGUUACCGGUUUUAAAGCAACUUUUCACGGAAUGUUUGAUGCACAAAAUGCUAAAUGUGAUAGCCUUGGUCGACAAUGAGGAUGUACUGUACAGCUAUCGGGCCUUUCCCCAUUUCGAAAUACGCCAAAAAAGGUUGUCUGCAGAGGGGCUUUACUUUGAAUCUAAAUUGAAAGACUUGGGAGGCCAUGCCAUACGUACCAUGCCCGACCGCAUAUGGCCACGCACUGUGGUCUACAAUGAUAGUAACUCUCAGCGCAAAGUCGGUGGAUAUAUAGCCACACUAAUACAUACGUUUGCUGAUUACCUGAACGCAACUUUGGAUAUUAAUUGGAAUGAGGAACUGUUGUUUCAGGGUCAAAUAGUAAACCUCACUACCGCGGGCGCCUUAGAUUUGCCAAUGUGUUUGUUUGGAGGAAACUUUUCCGAGCUCACUUACCCCAUUGAGCUCGCAAAGUGGCAGCUGAUGCUGCCUGUGGAGCCGUCAGUGGAAAUCAACACCCUGUUUUUCAUGGUCUACGAGAUGAACACGCACUUGCUCAUCAGCGUGGUCAUGUUGUUGCUCAUGGUUCUGGUUUGGACAAUGCAAGGAGUGGACGGUGUUCUGAGACCUUUCAAUUGUAUUGACCAGGUUUUACGCGGAUUUCUCGCCCAAUCCUUCGUCAUGCCAUUGACUUGUCCAUUACUAACUCCGGCAAUUAUUCAUAGUCUAAUAGCAUUCUCCGGAUUAAUGCUCACCAAUAUGUACGUGGCAUACUUGCAGAUGCUCUUUUUUCAGCCACCAACCACGCCUGAGGUUACCACUUACGAAGGUAUUCGUCGCACCGGGCAUAAAAUAUUCCUCUACGAUGAGGAGCUAUCACUAGUUAAGACGACCAUGGGCUUGGACUUUUGGACUGCCAAUAAGGACAUUUUCAAAAUAACCAGUUCCUUUACCGAGUUGCAGCGACUCCGAGGUAACCUAAACACGACUUUUAUAUAUCCAAUUACAACCUCGCUUUGGCCAAUGCUAAAGGAGCGCCAGUCGAAACUAAAGCGCCCCCUCUUUCGCGUUUCGCCACAUUUCAUCUGGCUUCAUUUUGUAGUUUUUGGACUACCCGUAGAGGAGAACUCCAUAUACAAGGACCCGUUCAACGACUAUUUGUCUUGGAUACAUGCUACAGGCUUGUUGUCGCAUUGGUACCGAUGUGCCUUCUUCGAAAUGGUCCAGUUGGGUCAGCUACCUUCCUAUCAACUUGAACAGGACACAACCAAUCGCGAUAUGGCGUGGGAGGACCUCGUGUGGAUUUGGGCGAUCUUUUUAGUCUGUUGCGGACUGAACUGCUCAGUAUUUCUUGCUGAACUAUUGUACUUUCGAUAUGUAUCGAAAAGUGCAAAGGCGAGUAUUUCCCAGUGUUUAAGGGGUUAA